AUGCCCGACGAAACCACCAACAACGCCCCAUCCAAUACCUAUACCAACAAAGCAACCUCCAGCACCACAUCCGCCAACGAAACCUCCACAAACGACCGCCCACCAUUCGACCCAUCCUCCGUCCCAUACCCUUCCAACUACGAGAUCACCAAGGACUACGGCGGACGUCAGAACUUCAUGCACUCCUAUGGCCACAAGAUGUGGAAUGAUGAGGAUGUACAGGAGAGCAAGCAGAUUCUUAAUGAGAUGAGAGAGCAUGAGCAUGAGGAACGUGUUGCGAGGGCGAGAGAGGAGUAUGAGAGGGAGGGGGGUGGGAGGGAGGAGUAUGACGGGCAGGAUUGUGAGCAGCAGGAGUAUGAACCCCAGGAGUACGAGCCCCAAGAGUAUGAGCUCCAGGAGUACCGUGAAGCAAACGAUGAUAGGAGGGACGACAACGAGGCUGACGACCACGGAGCUGAUGACUACGGGGCGGACGACUACGGGGCGGACGACUACGGGGCGGACGAUUGUGAAGUAGAUAGGUAUGAUUGA